UUCGUACGGCGCACUCUCUCUUCGUCUUCUCUCUCUCCUGCGAUUGUUGACUCUCCUCUCUCUCUCUCCCUCCUUCAGGAUUGCCUUAAACCUCCAUCCUUCUCUUCCAUGCGAGCUUCUUGAGAUUCUCAGGUGCUUCUGAUCAUUCUCCGACACCAUGGUUUCUCCGGCUAAGAAGUUCAUCAACAACCCCAACGAUGUAGUAACUGAGUUCAUCGAGGGUCUUGUCGAAACUUAUCCUGGACUCCAGUAUUUGGAUGGCUUCCCUGAGGUCAAGGUUGUGCUGCGAGCUGAUGUCUCAGCUGCAAAAUAUGACAAGGUCGCUGUUAUUUCAGGAGGGGGCAGUGGGCAUGAGCCAGCACAUGCUGGGUUUGUGGGAGAAGGAAUGCUGACAGCUGCUGUUUGUGGAGAUGUUUUUGCUUCGCCACCGGUUGAUUCCAUCCUAGCUGGGAUUCGAGCUGUGACUGGUCCUAUGGGAUGUCUCUUGAUUGUAAAGAAUUAUACUGGUGAUCGCUUGAACUUUGGUUUGGCAGCUGAGCAAGCGAAAUCUGAAGGUUACAAAGUGGAGACUGUGAUCGUAGGAGAGGAUUGUGCUUUACCCCCUCCUCGUGGCAUAGCUGGACGUAGAGGCUUAGCAGGAACAAUCCUUGUUCAUAAGGUUGCUGGAGCAGCUGCGGCUGCCGGGCUUUCUGCAUCAGAGAUGGUUGGGACCAUGGGUGUCGCUUUAUCUGUUUGCACUCUUCCUGGACAGGUUACAUCUGAUCGUUUGGGGUCAGAGAAGAUGGAACUCGGCCUUGGAAUUCAUGGAGAACCCGGUGCUGCUGUGGUCGAGGUUCAGCCUGUGGAUGUUGUGGUUUCCCAUGUUCUUCAGCAGAUAUUAAGUCCUGAGACCAAUUAUGUUCCUAUUACACGUGGUAACCGAGUGGUUCUCAUGGUUAAUGGCCUAGGUGGCACUCCUCUAAUGGAGCUUAUGAUUGCUGCUGGUAAAGCUGUCCCUAAAUUGCAGUUGGAAUUCGGACUUGCCGUUGACAGGGUGUACACGGGAUUAUUUAUGACUUCUCUUGAUAUGGCAGGAUUUUCAAUUUCAAUCAUGAAGGCUGACCAGUCUAUUUUGGACCGAUUGGAUGCUCCGACAAAGGCUCCGAAUUGGCCUGUCGGGACAGAUGGAAAUCGUCCACCAGCAAAGAUUCCUGUUCCGCUGCCCCCUUCCCGGUCAACAAAAAAUGAGGAGGCUCUAAGCCAGCCAGAAGAGUUAAGUCAACAAGGCCGUAUUCUCGAGGCAGCUAUUAAAGCGGCAGCAAGUGCGGUAAUCAGUCUAAAGGAUAGUUUGAACGAAUGGGAUGGCAAAGUGGGCGAUGGUGACUGUGGCUCAACAAUGAACAGAGGUGCAACAGCAGUUCUGGAGGACAUUAAGUAUUACCCGCUUAACGAUGCUGCUGAAACAGUGAAUGAAAUUGGUUCAUCGAUCAGAAGAGUCAUGGGAGGAACAAGCGGAAUCAUUUACAGCCUUCUCUGCAAGGCAGUAUACGCAGAGCUAAAAGCUAACCCUCAGACGGAUGUCACUCCCAAACAAUGGUCUGAAGCACUAAAGUCAUCAAUUUCCGCUGUCAGUAAAUACGGUGGAGCAACUGCGGGUUUCAGGACCAUGUUAGACGCACUCAUACCGGCUUCUGAAGUGCUUGAGGAGAAGCUGAGUGAUGGGACGGAUCCCGCCUCUGCGUUUAUCGCCUCGGCUGAAGCUGCAACUGCAGGAGCUGAAUCAACCAUCCAGAUGCAAGCUCAGGCCGGGAGAUCGAGCUAUAUAUCAGCGGAGAUUCUUGCAUCGGUUCCGGACCCAGGUGCAAUGGCUGCAGCCGCAUGGUACGGAGCAGCAGCCAGAGCCGUGAAGGAGCAGUGCCAGCCCGAGGAGGGAUUGUGAUCCAAAAAUAAAGAAGAGGGAACAUACUGAUGAUUAUAAUUAUGAGGUUUUUUUUAAUCCUCCAUAUUCCGGCGUUUUGAAUACAUGUAUGUACGAUUCGUGACUCGCGAGGACUUCUCCCUUUUAUUCGAAUCCUUUUUUGGGGGUGGCGCGUGUAGUGACCGUUAAAAAUGGUUUCUGGGUCACAUAGAGUAAAAGACGAACCCAUAUGAAAACACACUCUGAUCAUUCAUAUAAAAGGAGGUUCUUGUCAUUC